AUCCACGUAUCUCUACUCAUAACUUCUCUCAAUUCAUUCCUUCAUCGAUUCAAUUCGUGUUGCUGUGUACGUCGUACAGCACUGCGUAUUUGUUAUCAACUUAUCCGAUCGUCCUGAUUAAUUAUCUGUAAACAAACAGAUUUAUCGAUAAGGCUCGGUCAAAGAAAAAGGUGCAGACGAAAUGUCUUCAGCUAUCGACGAUACCCCCAUCUCUCCCACCCUCAACCCCACAACCAACCAGCAACGUCGUGACUCUCUGGAGAAGCAUCUGCAGACCCGCCCGGAACUUCAGGAUUUGAAAGAUCGACACAUUCUGCUGAAUACAAGCGUUGCUCCUGGCCUUCAAGCCGCACAGGCCGAACUUGCCCGGCAGCAAGCCACGGACAAUCUCAGAAAACAUCUUGAAAAACGCCCGGAGCGCGAUGAACUCGUUGACAAGAAUAUCCUCCCAUCCCGCGCCGACAUGGCCCCAGCCCUGCAGGCAAAUGCAAAAGAACUAGAAAAGCACAUGCUUGCCGAUAAUUUGGAACACAAAAUCAAGGAAAGACCCGAUCCUAGUCAAUUGAUCGAGAAGGGUAUACUUGAAGAAAAUGAGGAUCCGAGGAGUCCAUCUGAGUAAGUAGCGAGGGUCUACGUUGAUAUCCGAGGGAUAAUACUAUCUGAAUGGAUAGUGGCGUUUGUUUUGGCAUAGUACAUGGGUUGGUUUACUGGGCUCAAUGGUUCAUUCGUUCAAUCCCGGUUCAGUAAUGGAUAUUCUUAACAUAUGGUUAUAUGGUUCUUGAGUGGAAUCGACUCCGGAGGAUCGUUUCUUGACACUCGUUUGUAUAUGGACAUUGCAAUUGAAUCAUUCUUCGCACUCUUUACAGG